AUGCAUGCUGAUGCUCAAAUUGCUAGUUACAAAGAGUAUGGUUUAGAUUAUUCUACAUUUGUUUGUUUUGAACCAUCCGCUUCUGCACUUCACUACAAAAAUCCACUUACAUAUCGUGAAAUGUUAGAUACAGUUGCUGAAAUCAUAAUGGAAUCUGUUACAAAAGAGUUAAAACAUGCAGAAUGUUUUUCAAUACAAGUUGAUGGCUCUGUUGACAAGUAUUCGAUUGGUAACAAGUUCAUAAUAGCUCGUUAUCUUGAAAAUAGUAAAGCUAUGAAAAAUGUAUUCCUCGGAGAAAGUCAUUCUUCUAAGCGUGGAGCAGAGGUUUACUUGAUUCGAUUAUAA